AUGAACCAGAAGGCGGGAACAACACCGAUGCAGGAUGACAACCCAAAUUUCAGUUCUUCCACCACUGAGUCGUGUCCCAUCCCCACAGAAACGACGGAACCUCCCAGCACUCCGGCAGGGAACACCUCAGUGACACCGGCUCCCAGAGCGCUGCGGCUGGCGGGCGCCAUCCCGGACCAUGGAGGAGCCACCUGGAUCCCUGCAGAAUCUGACCUGAGACUCACCAGAGGAGGUUGCCACUGCACUGGGAUACUGGAGGUGAAAUGGGAAAACCAGUGGAGACCAAUUUGCUGGGAGAGCAUGAGCGUGGGCAACCUGGCUUGGAUCUGCCAGCAGCUGAAGUGCGGCCCCCUGACCUCUGAGCCCUUGGAGUUCAACAUUCCCGGUGGGAAAGGACUACAGAGUCUGGCCAGGAGGUGCAGUUCCCCGCCUGAAUGCCAAUGGGAGCUGGAAAACUGCACAAAUCACGUCAUUGUUGCCUGUGGAGAGCCGGUGAAAACCACUCCCAAGCCCCCACCAGCACCCCCGACCACCACUCCGGAGCCCACGGGACCCCCCAGGCUGCGGCUGGUGGACGGGAAUUUCAGCUGCUCCGGCUUCCUGGAGCUGCACAAGCAGGGGCUGUGGGGGGCCGUGGCGAGCAUCCCGCGCUCCUGGACAGAUCUGGUCACCCUCAUCUGCCAGGAAUUGCGCUGUGNCGACUGCAGCCACAAGGAGGACGCCGGCGUGGUUUGCUCAGAGCACCAGGAGUGGCGGCUCUCCGGAGGCCGGGAUGCGUGUGCCGGCAGGGUGGAGGUGUUUUUCCGAGGCACCUGGAGCACGGUGUGUAACAGCACGUGGUAUGACACGGAGGCCGCGGUGCUGUGCCGGUCGCUGGGAUGCGGGGAUGUGCUCCAGCGGCUGGCCUUCCCACACACGCUGCCCGGGAAGAUGACAUACAUGUGCGGGAGCCUGCAGCCCUCGCUGGCACAGUGCCACUGGACCUUCAACAAAUCCGCGCCCUGUUACCAAUCCGGGGCUGCCGGGGUCAUCUGCAAUGGCUCCCAGGGUUUGGAGAUGCCAACGCCCACAGUGGCUGAGGUGACGCCCAGGAAUGUCACUGCCCUGCAGGCCGAGGAGGGGACCCCGACCCCGGGGACACCACUGGUGGACAGUCUCCUCUUUAUCCUGUGCCUGGUGCUGGGCGCGCUGCUCCUGCUCUCCGUGCUGGCCUUUUCCACUGCCCUGCUGAGGCUGAGGAAGAGGAGUGCCAUGUCCUCCUUGGGAACUCCCAUGCCAGUCCUGGUGACCCACAGCUCCCAGAGCCCCAACGCACCCUCCGGGAUCUCCAACGACUACAGGCAGGCUCCCACCAGCCUUCCCAAAGGAUCAGGUGGGUCUGGCAGGUCCCCCCAGGGGCUGUGGGGCCAGAGGUGCCAGCUGGUGACAGAUGCCACAUCCCCUUGUCACCCCCCAGACUGUCUGGUCAAAGGCAUUUCCAAGGAUUCUGAUUCCGACUCGGAAUAUUAUGAGUUCAGCAGCAAGCCUCCCAUCGCCCUGUCCACCUUCUACAACUCCCUGCGCCGGCAUCCCAGGGAGGAUCUCCUCCCUCCGAGACCCAGCCAGGACAGGAUGGAGCCAUUCCCUGUGGAUGGUAUGGCACAAGAGCUGGCCAGGCCGGGCCCCCCACUCCGCAGCUCCUCCAGCUCAUCCUCAUCCAUGGAGCCCUAUUGGAAUGGCAGCAUUCCCCCCCCUGUCCACGGCUACAGCACAGCGCCCCCAGCUCCCCCGGCAGCGCCCUCCCAGCCCUGGGCACCUGCGGCUCCGGCAGAUCCUGAUCCCGAUCCCAACGGCAGCUCCAGCACCUCCUCGGGGGAGUGGUACGAGAACGUGCAGGAGAGGGAGCCCCCCGGAGACCCCUCCUCACAUCCAGGUGAGGAUCCUGCGCUGGAGGGGAACACGGGGAGGAUCCCGACUUUUCCGAGGGCAGCGACUACGACGACAUCCAGGACUCUGCCUACUGAGCCUGCCCCACCACUCCAGAGGCCGAAUCUCCUGGAAUUCUCCAGCUUUCUCCUCCAGAAUUCUCCAGCCAUCUCCUCUGUGCUGUCAUUAAAAGCUUUUCCCACCGUGUCCCUUGUCCAUAGGGGUGUCACCAGCCCCGCAGUGAGGCUGGGCCACCAAGUGCUCCCACUCGUCCACUAA